AUGCUCACACUGCCGUGGGCACGAACAGCGGCCCCGAUUCACUCAGCAGCACCGACACGACGCCCGCGGAUGGCGCCACAGAAAUCCCUGACCCCCGCACAGACUCAGCAACUGUUCAACGCAACGAUAGUGUGCUGGACGGCGUUGGCACCGCACCGACUCAUCCGAGCACAGCGCCUGCGGAGUCCAAGAUCCCAUCGGAGUCCAGCGCAGCGCCGCCCUUGGGCAAUGACUUUUUUGAUUUGGAGAAUAUCACCGAGUUGGUGUCCAUGGCUCUAUUUGCUGAGAGCAACGUGCAUGGGUGUGAGUCUCUCGUGUGCUAUUAUUGCUGCUGCUUCCGGGGCUGUGGGGCACUGCGGGCUCUCUGCUGAGGUGUGA